AUGCGCGUGCUUCCAGCUCUUUUGCUUGCGGGCCCGGCCGUCGCACAACAGGCUGUAUGGGGACAAUGUGGCGGAACGGGAUGGACAGGUCCAACAACUUGCGUCUCGGGAACGACAUGCACCUUCUCGAAUGCCUGGUACUCUCAAUGUCUUCCGGGUGGCAAUGGCAACCCCGUUACUACUCCACCGGCAACCACUCCGCCCGCGACUACGCCACCUGCUAGUACCAACCCACCAGCGACUCUACCCCCAAGUGAGACUACAACAGCGACUGGCGGAACCCCGUCCACUUGCCCCACGAUCCCCGGCAGCAUCAACCCCCCAUCCGUUGCCACGCUUAACGAUCCGUUCACGCCCUUAAGCGGCUCCCGAAUCACCACCAAGGCCCAGUGGACGUGCCGCCAGGAUGAAAUUAAGCAACUCUUCCAGAAGUACGAGCUUGGUACUCUGCCACCAAAGCCAUCUUCGGUGACCGGCUCCUUCUCCGGCUCGACCUUGACCAUCAAUGUCAGCGAGGGAGGAAAGUCGAUUUCUUUCACUGCCUCGAUUACCUACCCAUCCUCGGGAACUGCCCCAUACCCCGCCAUCAUUGCCAUUGGUGGUCUCAGCAUCCCAACUCCAGCGGGCGUCGCCGUCAUCAACUUCGGCAACGAUGACAUUGCCGCACAGAACAGCGGUAGCAGCCGUGGACAAGGAAAGUUCUACACCAUUUAUGGUGCAGGCCACAGUGCCGGAGCUACCACGGCAUGGGCAUGGGGUGUCAGCCGUCUUAUCGACGUUCUCGAGACUCAAGCGACUGCAGCACGCAUUAACGUCAAGAAGCUUGGUGUUUCCGGAUGCUCCCGCAACGGCAAGGGUGCCUUCAUCGUCGGUGCUUUGGAGCCCCGCAUUGCCCUAACCAUCCCGCAAGAGUCAGGCUCCGGUGGUGCCGCUUGCUGGAGAAUCUCCGACUCUGUCUUCGCGGCUGGUGGCAACAUCCAGACCGCCCACGAGAUUGUCGGCGAGAAUGUGUGGUUCUCCCCCAACUUCAACGCCUAUGUCAACACCAUCCCAACUAUGCCAUUUGACCACCACAUGCUGGCAGGUCUAGUCGCUCCUCGCGGUCUGUUCGUCAUUGAGAACAACAUUGACUGGCUUGGUCCUAUGGCCACAACUGGUUGCAUGAAGACUGGCCAGAUGAUCUACAAAGCUCUCGGUGUUCCGGACAACAUGGGUUUCUCUGAGACCACUCCGCACAGCCACUGCUCGUUCCCAUCUUCUCAACAAGCGGACCUUACUGCAUUUGUCCAGAAGUUCUUGUUUGACCAGAACACCAACACUGCUGUCUCGAAGUCCGACCAGACCUUUGAUCAGGCCAAGUGGGUUACGUGGAGUGUUCCAACUCUGACCUAAGUGCGAUGAUGUACUUCAAGUUGCUUUCUAUCUGUUAGCAGUCGAAAAGGUCAAUAUUUUUCCAAAGCAGGGGCGUGUAGCGCCAGCCUCCAAUCCGAAGGUGUUGUAUUGUUGGCAGUGAAUAUUUUAGCUUCUUGAACAAUUUUUAUCAUG